CCCCUCGCCUGACGCGGCGUCGCGUCCCCCGGGAGCUGCGCGAGGCGAGCGGUCCUGCCGGCUCCGUGCUCAGCCCCGACUAAGGCUCCGAGGCGGGCCGGGGCGCGCCGCGUGUUUGGAGCGCCUGCAGCGGAGAGAGUCGGCGGCGAGGCUCCGGCCCCAGCAUGUCGCUGCCUCCGGAGAAAGCCUUUGAGCUGAAACAGCUCAUCCACCAGCAGCUGAGCAAGAUGGACGUGCAUGGCAGAAUAAGAGAAAUCCUUGCUGAGACGAUACGGGAAGAACUGGCUCCUGAUCAACAGCAGUUAUCGACAGAAGAUUUGAUCAAAGCUCUUAGACGUCGGGGAAUCAUUGACGAUGUGAUGAAAGAACUUAAUUUUGUUACUGAUAAUGUUGAUCAAGAACCCCCUCCCUCUCCAAAACAACCAGUUUGUUUUACUGAUAGACAAUCAACGUUGUUAAAAAAAACUAAUAUUGAUCCAACACGGAGGUAUCUUUACCUUCAGGUUUUGGGUGGAAAAGCUUUCUUGGAACAUCUGCAAGAACCUGAGCCUUUACCGGGACAAGUUUGUUCAACCUUUACAUUAUGUUUGCAUUUUCGAAACCAACGUUUUCGUUCUAAACCUGUUCCAUGUGCCUGUGAACCAGAUUUUCAUGAUGGGUUUUUACUUGAAGUACACAGAGAAAACUUAGGUGAUGGAACUAGAAUGGCUGAUUCAACAACAAUGUUAUCAAUAAGUGAUCCAAUUCAUAUGGUGCUAAUCAAAACAGAUAUAUUUGGUGAGACCACUUUAGUAGCAUCCUAUUUUCUCGAAUGGCGAUCAGUUUUGGGCUCAGAAAAUGGAGCAACCAAUCUUACUGUGGAACUUAUGGGUGUAGGCACAGAAUCAAAAGUUUCUGUGGGAAUUUUAAAUAUAAAACUUGAGAUGUACCCACCACUCAGUCAAACAUUAUCUCAAGAAGUAGUGAACACACAGCUUGCCUUGGAACGUCAGAAAACUGCAGAGAAAGAGCGAUUAUUUCUUGUAUAUGCUAAGCAGUGGUGGAGAGAAUAUUUGCAAAUUCGACCCUCACACAACUCACGGCUGGUUAAGAUUUUUGCUCAGGACGAAAAUGGGAUAAAUAGACCAGUCUGUUCCUAUGUUAAACCACUUCGAGCUGGGCGGCUUCUGGAUACCCCAAGGCAAGCAGCAAGAUUUGUUAAUGUCCUUGGUUAUGAAAGAGCCCCUGUUAUUGGAGGAGGAGGUAAACAGGAACAGUGGUGCACUCUGCUGGCCUUUCUCUGUAGAAACAAGGGUGACUGUGAAGAUCAUGCUAACCUUCUGUGCAGCCUUCUUCUUGGAUAUGGAUUAGAAGCGUUUGUCUGUGUUGGGACUAAGGCAAAAGGAGUACCUCAUGCUUGGGUUAUGACUUGUGGAACUGAUGGAACCAUCACUUUUUGGGAGAGUUUAACAGGACACAGGUACAUCCAUAAAUCUAACAAUCCUGAUGAACCUCCAGUUGCUGAACAGCCCAAACCAUUGUACCCAUAUCGAACAAUUGGUUGUGUUUUCAACCAUCAGAUGUUUCUGGGAAAUUGUCAGCCCUCUGACUCUGUAGAAAUCUGUGUAUUUGAUUUGAAUGAUGAAUCUAAAUGGAAACCCAUGAGUGAAGAAGCAAUUAAAUCUGUGUGUGCUCCAGGAGCUACAACAUCCCUUCCUCCCUUUCCACCUCUUUGUGCAUCCACGAUUGAUGCUUCAGUAACAAGUAAUGAAAUAGAAAUGCAGCUAAGGUUACUAGUGUCAGAACACAGGAAGGAUCUUGGCCUCACUACUGUUUGGGAGGACCAGCUUUCUUAUCUCUUAUCACCAGCUUUGGCUUCUUAUGAAUUUGAGCGAACAACAAGUAUAUCUGCAGGCAAUGAAGAAUUUCAAGAUGCCAUAAGGAGGGCUGUACCUGAUGGUCACACUUUUAAAGGGCUCCCAAUACAUUUUGUGUAUAGAAAUGCAAGGCGUGCAUUUGCCACAUGUCUUCGGUCUCCUUUCUGUGAAGAAAUAAUCUGUUGUCGUGGAGACCAGGUGCGGCUGGCAGUUCGUGUCCGAGUGUUUACUUACCCCGAAUCUGCAUGUGCUGUUUGGAUCAUGUUUGCUUGUAAAUAUCGCUCGGUAUUAUAGGACUAACAUUUGUAUAAGAAUAUACCUGUAUUUUAUUGGAUUUUUACACAUUGUAUAUUACUGCCUGUUUAGAAGUUAUUUUAAAAAUCACAAUCUGGCUUGGGUGUCAUAUUUCAGUUUUGUAUAUACUUGUAGUGUUUGAAAAAAAUAUGUGUCUAUUUAAAAAUUAAGGAUGAAAAACUUGUAUAAAUUUGAGUGGAAUUUAGUAUAAAUUAAGUGCAUAUUCUAUUUUAAUAAAUACUGUUUUAUUUAUAGGUAUCAGUAGUUUAAAUAUGAAUAUAAAAUUAACUCAGUUUUUUUACAUUAAUAAGUAAUCAGAAAGAUGUCUGAGAGUUUAAACCAUAGUAAAAUCAAUAUGAUCAUUAUUUUUCUUAGAUUGAUGGUAUUAUUUGAUAUAAAUUAGGAGAAAUUAACCUCACAACAGAUUUAUUUAUUACAUAGGUUAAAAGACAUUUUGAUGAAUUAUCACUUUUAUAGUUUACCCAUGACCAUAGGGAUAUUUGUGACUUUCCUGAUAUUUAUGGGAAGACUUGAUGCAAGAGUAGGAAAAAACUAGUAACGGAAAAGCACAAAUAUUAACAAACAAACCUCAUAUGAAAGUACAUGAAUAAUUUGUAAGUAUUAGUUUUAUUCAUUAUAAAAAUGAACUAAGUAUUUUAGAAAAAAUUCAUUAUAUCCUUUUGUUGUGAUCCUGACAAAUUGUUUUCUGUAGUUAAUAUUGGCAUUCUGUUGCUGAUUUUCUGUAGUCAAAAAUUCAUCAGUAGCCUUUUCAUGGAUUCCAUCUUCUGAAAACACAUUUUUUAAAAUUUCAUAAUGAUAAAAACAUCAGUGUAUAUGUGACUAAUCUAAAUCAGAAUCAUUGUGUGAGGCUACUUAAAAACACGCAUAUAAGAAUGACUCCAUGAUGUUGGUUUUAAAACUGAGCAAGUUUUAAAAGUGGGCAUUAAAAAAACUAUAGCAGUCUGACUUUUUUUGUAAGAAGCUGCAAAUGUAAGUGAUAGAUUUGACUGUCCUUCAGCAUCUCUGUGCACAGAUUUUACCUUUGUCCUUAGGAACGGUAUACCAGUUGGCUCUGCAAGUUACUGUUUUCAUUAGUUUAAUUUACCAUUGUGAAUACAAUUUAAUGUUUUUUAAAAAAUUAACUAAAGAUAUCUUAAAAUUUACUUUUUGUUUCAUUUUAUUUGCAUAGGAUAAAUAUUUAUUGUUUAACUUGUUUUAAAAGUAUGAGAAUAUUCCUCUUCUGUCAAUUUUCAUUGAAAACAAUAAUUAGAUGUUUCUUGUGAGACAUGACUUGAGAAAAUUAGCAAAAUAAGGAUUAAGACUUUUUUAUGCUGUUGCCAAAAUUACUCAUAAAGUUAUCAAUAGAGAAAAUUGCUUGUUAGGGCUAGGAAUUUUCAACUUUGGGAACAAACUAUUAUGAGGCAUGUACUGUGAGGCAGACUAUAUUAAAAUCAAGGCUAUAUUAUCAUUGAGACUGGGCUUCAUUUAUUUAUAAGAGCUCCUUUGAUAUAAAUUCUAAAAUAAAUUUCCUUUUUAUGCACUUUAAUAGGCAUGAAUUAACAUUUUUCUCUGAAAAUGGUUUAUUUCAAAAGAUUACGUAUUUUAGUGCAUUUAUCACUAAAAUUUCACUAUUACGAUAAUUUUUCUUUAUAAAAAUUAAAGUUACCUUGUGUAUUUAGCUGUCAUAAAAGUUGUUUUUCUAUUAAAAACAAAAUAUUUUGA